AAAUGCUUGUGAAGAUCCAUAUGGACUUACACCAUACCAGCCAUGCGGUCAGUGAACGGAUUCUGGCCCAUGACUUUCACCCAACUCUCUAUAAUACAGAUUCUGUGGAUGCUAGUCGUUCCCUUGAUGCAUCCUCGGAAGUCCCAGAUUCUUCUGAAGAUUCUGAUGAUUCAUCCAAAGAAAUCUCAGUACUUGAUGAUGACAGCCUAAUUGAUUCUGACUAUGAUCCUGAGCAUGAUGAAUCUUCUGACUACUCUGAAAUUGUACCACUAUUCAACUAUGUAUAUGGAAGAAACAAAACUGAUUCCGAAACUGAUUCUGAACAGACUGAAAGCUCUGGAAUAAUACCAGUUUUGAACAAUAUGGAUUCUGACCAAGAUCUUCUGCAGGAUGCAGCUUCUGAAUGCCCUGAAAUAAACUUCAAAAACGUAGAUGGAAGAAAUGAGAACUCUGUCAUGUCAAACAUAGAUGGAAGGAACAACAGCGAUAUGUCAGUACAGAAAUCCAACAAUGACCGAGAUAGACACUGGGAUAAAAUACACUUUUGUUUAUACUGUGGGAAGAGCUCAACCAAUAUUUUGACUCAUUAUUUAGGACCACACAAGAAUGAAGAAGAUGUUAAAAAGAUAUCAGCCCUGGAAAAAGGGUCAGACAAAAGGGAGCUGGAAAUAAUGAGACUAAGAAACGCAGGAGACUAUCAGCACAACAUGGGUGUUCUUAGCUCAGGUGAAGGUACUUUAGUAACAUAUACAAGACGAAAUUAUACGAAAGCAGAUGAUUAUCUACCAUGUUAAGACUGUUUAGCCUUUUUCCUAAAAGGCAACUUAUGGCGGCACAGAAAAUCAUGCCCAUUAAAAACAGACACAACUAGAUUCCGCAAAGUACAAGCUCAAGCAACAUUAUUGCUUCCGUCUUCAUUGCACAUAAGUGAAGGCCUGAAAGAAAAGGUGAUUAAAAAAAUGGCAAAUGAUGAAGUAACAAUAUGUGCAAGAAAUGACCGGAUAAUCGUAAAGAUCGGAGAAAAUCUGUUUCAAAAACAUGGACAUAAUUCCCAUAUGACUUCUUUUAUCAGUCAGAAAAUGAGAGAAUUAGCAAGGUUUCUGAUUGCUGCCAAAAAAGAAGAUACAGAAAUAAAAUGCUUAAGUGAUGUUAUUGAUCCGACAAAAUUCCAGGUUGCAAUUAAAUCCACAAGAAUGCUCUGUGGAUACAAUGAAGUUGAAAUAAUUUUCUAAAUCCCUAGCUAGCUCUCAAAAUUGGACAGCAGUUGAAAAAAUGUGCAAAAAUUAAGAAAUCAGAAGCAAUUAUAGGACGUUUACCUGGACAAGGACAGCAGGCAGAUGACUUCAUGAU